AGGGCUGGUCGAUUCGGGGGUCACCGACAUUCCCAGUUUCUUCAUCCAUCCCCCACCGGAGUUUCUUCACCAAACGCCACUUUAACCGCACAGCUUCAGAUCCCGGUGAUAGACCUCGAAGGCGUCGACGACACCGAUCAACGACGCAGAACCCAAAUCGUGGACGCCAUACGCGACGCGGCUCAAACAUGGGGUUUCUUCCGGAUCGUUAAUCACGGAGUACCGAUUCAUCUAAUGGAGAACAUGCUGGACGCCGUUCGUGGAUUCCAUGAACAGCCUCAAGAGUUGAAGAAAGCGUGGUGUACGAGUAACGAAAUCAACCAAAGGAUCUUCGAUUACAAUACAAAGGUGGCGGCAUGGAGAGAUACUGUAUCAAUUGAAUUCCCAGACGGCGAAUUAAACGAACUAGCCAUACCCAGAGUCUGCAGGAAGGUAACCAGCGAGUACAUGAAAUACAUGCAGCAACUGAAGGAGACGUUAUCGAAAUUGUUAUCGGAGAGUUUAGGGUUAAGGAGAGACUACCUGGCGAGCACCGGCGGCAUGAGAGGAGCUCUUAUUGCAUUCCACUAUUAUCCAUCGUGUCCUCAACCUGAGCUGACCAUCGGCGCAUCCAGCCACACCGAUGCAUCGUUUCUAACCAUACUUUUGGAAUCUGAUGCCGGACUACAAGUUUUUCAUCAGAACCAGUGGGUUGAUGUGCCUUAUCGCCGUGGAUAUCUAACCGUCAAUAUUGGUGACUUUUUGCAGAUUGUAUCAAAUGACAAGUUUAAAAGCGUACACCAUAGAGUGUUAGCUAGGAGCGUGGGGCCAAGAACCACAGUACCAUGUUUCUUUGCCCCGGCAGCUGCUCUUAGAGAUAAGCCCUAUGGAGCGGCGGAGCAACUUGUGUCGGCGGAGAAUCCAGCCAUUUACAAAGCAACAAGCUUCCAUCAAUAUUUCCCAUAUUACAGGUCCAAUGGAAGAGAUGGCAGGGUAGUCCUUCCUCAUUUUAAGAUUUGAUUUCCAAGUGUUAUACUAUCGUAUGUGCAUUUCUUUUCUCUCUGUGAAAUUCCAUGGACUAAAUUAAACCGAACACCACC